UGAUGCUCUUUCGCUCCGCUUUACGCGCAAGCCACCCUCGUGUGAACUACCAUCAAGAGGUCAAAACCUGGCGGAAUAAACUGACGCAAAUCCAUCAGGAAAAAAAAAAGAAAAAAAAAAGGAUUAUUUAUUUAUUUAUUUAUUUAUUUUCAAAUUAGUUUCCCCACUACUUCUACAAGUGUUGCCAUCAUGAGGAUUUGGAGUGUUGUACUUUUACUGCUUCACGCACUGGUGGCAUCCAGACUGGCUUGCGGCGCGGCGGUGGACCGUUAUGACAGCAACAGGCAGCGGCACACGACUGUCAUAAACUUCCAGGACACUAGCAAAGACAAAAGGCCGGAGGAGGAAAGCAGAGGAGGCGCAACGGUCGCGACACGGGAGGAUGAGGAUGAGGAGUAUGAUGAUGAAUACUAUGACGAUGGGGAUGAAUAUGAGGACAGCACGUCCGGGGAUGAUGAAGUGGAAAUGCCAAGAGUUGCAAUGUCAAGCAAGCCCCAAAACCCGUCUGUCAUCGUGGAGGCAGAAAAUACAGAAGGACAGAGAAGACGAGGGAAGGGAAGAAAGAAGGGGAAAGGGAAAGGAAAGAAAAGGAAUCCUUGCCUGAAGAAAUAUAAAGAUUAUUGCAUCCACGGCACGUGUCAGUACCUGAGGGACAUUCGACAGCCCUCCUGUGUGUGCCACCCGAGCUAUUCAGGGGAAAGGUGUGAAUUGGUGACCCUGCCCGUUGAGAGACCUCAGGAGGGCUACAACCGCACCACGGCUCUGGCCGUAGUGGCCGUGGUGCUCUCGUCCAUCUGCCUCACCAUCAUUGGCCUUCUACUCAUGCUCAGGUUUCACAAGCGGGGAGCGUAUGAUGUAGAAAAUGAGGAGAAGGUCAAGUUAGGGUUAGCAUCCAACCACUGACGAGACAAAGGGCAAAGAAGCGGCGAUACUACCUCAAAAUAGAAAAAGAAGUGAACCACAGAAGGAGGUCCUGGUGAAAAGCAAAGGAACACAGACGGAUGAAGAAGGGAAACAGGGGGCGUCCGCUGCAACCCUAGCUGGAUGUUCACGUAAAAAAAAGAUACAAAUGGACAGCUCAGCGUAUCCCCGUAGGCCCCAGGAGAAGAAGACAGCCACAUCUGAAGGUGGAAUAUCGGAAGGGUCGGGGGAUGGACUGGAAUGGAAGUGUGGCAAGCACUAGACAAGAAGUAGAAGAAGUGAAAGGAACAUUUGCUGCUUCCUGAUUGUGUGAAAAGAAGUUUCAGACUGAACUGAAUCUGAUUCAACAUCAACAAAGAAAGAGCUCAAUCUGGAAUCAUUUAAAACAGCAAAAAACAAAGAAAAAAAAUAGGCAACGUUUUAUAUUUUCCCGCACAAGCGCAUUGUUUUUUUUUCUGUACAGUAAACAGUAUAUUUAUACUUUUUAAUUUAUUUAUUUAAGCUAACUGUAUUUAUGUAAGUUUUAACCUCCAACAGUUUAAAGUGGAUGUUACAGUUGUUUUUAUAUUCCUUAUUGGAUUUUAUUUAUUUAAAAAAAAGUCAAAUGCUUGCAACUCCUGGACACAAAAAGUGUUACGAAAAAUAUAACACAUUCUGAUUUCAUUUUGGCACUCAGAGCAUGAUCAGUAGCACUGUAAUGUUUUUUUGUUUAAAAAAAAGAAGUUUUUUACUGCUUAAUAGUUUUUUCUUUUCUUUUUUUUUUUAACUGUCGUUUUCACUGAAAACAAUCUUAGCGGCAUCCCGCUCAAUAUGGGACAGUUGAGGGUUGAUUGGUGAUGAAUUCCCUCAGAGUUGUCUGCGUCUGAGCAUUGAGUGCCAAAAUGGUGAUGAAACUUUCAAAAGGGAGUCCAACAUUACAUUUGGGACCUGGAACUGUUGAAACAAUUUUGAUGUAAAUCCCAUGUUAUUAUCCACGUCUCACCAUCAUUUAAAGAGAGAUUCUUACAAUAACAAGCAAUAAAAUGUGAAUUCAAGUGUUCGACGCUUUCAAAAACUGCAGUUCUGAAGUGAUUUGUUUUUUAAAAAUGUGAUUUAAUUAAAUAAACGAUCCAAAUUCUUAA